UCCUCUCCAGUCUCUGGCCGGAAGGAGGGGAAGCUUGAAGAAGGCUGCGAGGGGCGGCCGCCGAGAUGGAGGCUAGGCCCUGCGCGCGCGCGCACUACGCCCCAGCGCGCCCGGAAUUCCCGGGCCCGGCAGUUGUGGGCCCAGGUUCGCGGUUCUUGGUUCUGCCGCCCGCCGGCCCGGGGCUUGCGCGGCGCCGUGGCUUCCGGGCUGGGCGGCCUUCACCGCAAGUAGGGCGGGCCGCGCGCUCUCCGGGCCUGCGCGGGCUAGGGAGGCGCCUCCCGAGCGCACUGGACCCCGGGGCGGGGACGCACUGGACUCAGCCCCGGCGACGGACACCGGCCUGCUCGAGCCGUAUCCCAGAAACGGGAGUCUCGGAGACGAUCGGGGCCCUGGUGCGGUGACCCCAUUCUCUCCCCCUUUACACCGACGGGAAAUGGAGGCCCGGAGAAUGCUCGUUGUGCUACACCAUGUUGCAUCGUGUCGUAGGAAACUGUUGUGCGCCACUCUGAGGGUGGCAGCGCUCGCCUCUACCGAUUAUUCAGUAUUAAGUGUAGCUAGUUGGACUGUGUCAACGCUUGGUUUUUUUUGUCCUUUACAGUUCUACACAGCUGGUCUUAAUUCCCACCUUCUGCCUCUCUACCUGUAAUUUAUGAAACGGAAGCCUUUGAAAUACAUGUGUCGUGACCACCGUGCCAGCUGGAGCGUAUGGAUUGAUUCAUAGAGUCCAAGGUGCUGGCAGGUCCGGUGUCCCACAGUGGUCCCAGAGCACAGGAAAUCCAUUUACCAAAAUUAACUCCAGAAGAGAGAACCUGGCAAACCAAUAACAAUGGAAGAAAUUGGGAGAGCCACCAAAAAGCUGUUGUCCCCCACAGCACCAGGCUCAGCUGGCAUCACAGGUUAAAUAGUCCUUCAUGAAGAAGAAAGAUCUCAAGCAACAUGAUGGAUUCAGAAGCUCAUGAAAAGAGGUCACCAAUCUUAACAUCUUCGAAACAAGACCUGUCCCCUCACAUUGCACAUGUGGGUGAGAUGAAGCAUUACUUGUGUGGGUGCUGCGCAGCUUUCAACAACGUGGCCAUCACCUUCCCCAUCCAGAAGCUCCUCUUCCGGCAGCAGCUGUAUGGCAUCAAAACCCGGGAUGCAGUUCUUCAGUUGAGGAGGGAUGGGUUUCGGAACUUGUAUCGUGGAAUCCUCCCCCCACUGAUGCAGAAGACAACUACCCUGGCCCUCAUGUUUGGUCUGUAUGAGGAUUUAUCCUGCCUCCUCCGUAAGCAUGUUAGUGCUCCAGAGUUUGCAACCCGUAGCGUGGCUGCGGUGCUUGCAGGGACCACAGAAGCCAUUUUCACUCCAUUGGAAAGAGUUCAGACAUUGCUCCAAGACCACAGGCAUCAUGACAAAUUCACAAACACUUACCAGGCUUUCAGGGCACUGAAAUGCCAUGGAGUUAGAGAGUAUUAUCGAGGCUUGAUGCCCAUUCUUUUCCGUAAUGGGUUCAGCAAUGUCUUUUUUUUUGGCCUUCGAGGACCCAUCAAGGAGCACCUGCCUACUGCAAGUACGCACAGUGCCCACUUGGUCAAUGACUUCAUCUGUGGAGGUCUUUUGGGGGCCAUGUUGGGAUUCUUGUUUUUCCCAAUUAAUGUUGUAAAAACUCGCAUACAGUCUCAGAUUGGUGGGGAAUUUCAGUCUUUCUCCAAGGUUUUCAAAACAAUCUGGCUAGAACGGGACAGGAAACUGGCAAAUCUCUUUAGAGGGGCCCAUCUGAAUUACCACCGAUCUCUUAUCUCUUGGGGAAUAAUCAAUGCAACUUACGAGUUUUUGUUAAAGAUUAUAUGAAAAAGUCACCAGUGAAAUGCCAUUUAUCAACUAAAUAGAACUAAGAAAGGUACAGUUUGACGUUGUUCCUAAUUGGCCUAAAUACAAGUUGGUGUCGUUAAGCCCUCACCACAGUAAAUUACGAGCAGAGCUGUUUUCCUUAAGCAUCAACAAAAACAGAGUAAGAGGUUUUAAUAGGAAAAUUUAAGGAUUUUUUUUGUUGUUUUGUUUUUAUCAUUAGCCAAGAACUUAAGGGUAAUUGCCUGGUAAAUAGCUAGCUAUGUGAUGGCCUUUGACAGGUAACCUGAUAGCAAGAUAUGAUUCUUUUUCCCUCAAACAGCCUUGAAGCCUUUUACAUUGAAACAUAAUGACCUUGAGCAGCCACAGAAAGUGCUGUCAGUGCCCCAGGACUUCUCAGGCUUGCUUAAUGUGCUACUCCACUUCCUGCAAAGGGCAGUGUUUGUUAAACUCAAGGUAGGACAGGAGCAGAACAGAGAAGAAAAGCAGCUUAGGUGUAGACAUUUCAUGAUGAACUGUUAGUGUUAAUUUUGAAGCUAAGCACCUACUGAGAUAGUCGUAGUAGAAUCAACCAGCUAAUUAAAGAGAAAAGUUCCCAUAUUGCUUCCUAGCUUCGAAAGUUUUCUGUUUAAUUUUAAAUGUGACUUUAAGCCCUUCCAAAAUAUCCUGUGUUGAUUUUACUGGUUUCAUUACCAAAAGAUAGGAGGACUUAAAUUUUGUUACAGGUCUUUCAUCCAGAAAUUGUCAACUGCUUAUAGAUCAUAUUCUGUUUAACUUGGUUUCUUUGACUAAUUGGUGCCAACUUAGCAGAAGGAUUUGGGGCUCUUUUCCCCUGAGUAGUAAUUUGUCACAUUCAAGCAUCCUGUUCUCUUAAACUAUACUUUGAAAAAGUUUUACUUUUAAAAAAUAAAACAGAUGCUCCCAUGAAGUUUUAUUUUGGAAGUCUGUUAAUACCAUCCCAGGUUCUCUUUUUUCUUACCUUCUAAAUAUUACAAGAGAAGGGAAAAUAAAGCCCCACAGUGUUAGCUGUCUUUUACUUUAUUCUUUGAAAUAAGACUUUAGGAUUUUGACAUUUGGGAAGCCCAGUUUUACCAUCGUUCAGUGAAGCAAGAUAGUUUUAAGAGCAUAUGAUCCGAAUACAUUUAAGGGAUUAUUUUGAAUUCUAGAGGUUGAUAUUAGGUAUAUCAUCCCUUAACAGGCAAAAACUUGUCAAUGAAUCAGAAAAUAUUAGAAUUUUUUUUUCCAAAUAAGUGAAGCAAAAAUUAUUCAUAUGCCAGUUGAAUAAUGAGACAUAAACAUCCUGGAGUAGUUUAUGAAUUUUUUUAAUCUGUAAAUAUUAGUGAAGAUUGCUUCUGGCAUUUGACAUGAGACAGUAAGUAGGUUUCUUUCUCUUUUUUUUUUUUUUGUGGUGCUAGGGAUUAAACCCAGGGCUUCGUACAUCCUGGGCAAGUGCUCUACCACUGAGCUACAUCCCCCCACCCCCUUUUUAAGGUAGGUUUUUGUCACCAGUUUUUCAUCUUUCUGGGUUGAUUGCAUGUAAAUACAUGCACAUGCCGACCAAAAUGAAAUCAGGGCCUCAACUGGUAGUUUACUCACAGUUUCUGGGCAGAUAACCCAAAACAGCUGUUUACCUCUACAUGCAGCAAGACUAGUUACCGUGAGCAUUCUUCCAGCCGUGAAGGGGUAGGGAACACUAACCAUGAGCAAGGCUGAAUAGGUCUGCUUGACAAAUUUGUGCUAGAUACAGCAGUUUAGAGUAGGGUACAAAUGUGAGGUUUUCAGAAAACAAGAAUUUGACACCAAAUAAAUUUAAGUAGUGUCCUUUGGCUUGUUGAAGAGUCAAGAUUUGAAGGGAGUCAAGUUUCAGAAAUGAAAAGACAGUGCAUUGGCUCCUGACCCCCCUCCUCAUUUGUGUGACCUUGAGUGCCCACGGGCGGAUCUGGGUGCUCAGCGCAGGGUAGGUGUGUCAGCCAGGGAAUAGGCCUUAGUCUGGGGCAGUGAACUUUACUAGGCUGCAGUGUUGUGAGGCUUGCUUUUGUUACACUCCACACAGGUGAUAGAGAUUUAAAUCGUAAAGCACUUUUGUGAAAUAGAAGUGAGAAUUGUAAGGAAAAUGCUUUGGUUUUUGCCAUCUCGAAUAUGUGGUGUUUUAAAAACAGUUGUUAGCAUUUUUAAUGAUUUUAACUCAUUUUUAAUUUUUGUCACUCUUUACAGCUCCUGAUGACCAAACUGCAAAUACAUUACCACAGAUGGUUUUGUGUUGUCCUGUAGACUUCUUAAAUUUGACAAAAAAUUCAGAACUGUAGCCAACAGCUUUAUCUGAAUUUUAGUGUCAUGUGUAAUUAGUAAGAAAUUCUGCUGUUGUUUUUUACCUUCAGUGUAAACUAGUAUGGUAAUAAUUUUUAAAAGUCAAACAUGAUUGAAUAUCUGAAUAGCUUUAAAAGUAGCCUUUCUGUUACAUAUGUGGCACAGGUGGUUCGUGAACAUAGGACAUUUAAGUGUUAUGUCCCAUGAUUCAUAUCUGAUGCCACCAGAUAUGUGUUACAAGUUCUGAAUUUAGCACAUUUCUAGUGGUAUGAACCCUCAGGACUGCACCACAGAGUAAACACAGCCUUUGUAUGGUAGCAAAUUUGUAUCUGACUUGUUUCGUGUUGGGGACAAAGUUGAUGUUUUUGUGUAAAUAGUCAAUACUCAUCUUAUGGUUGGUUAUAUAAUCAUUUGUUAUAUAUUAUGAGCUGUGCAAUAAAGCAGAAUUGUGUAUACAUAGUUACCUUUGGAUACCUGCAAUUCCCAAGCUCAGUUACAGUGGUGAUGCUCUGUGUGAGGCCGUGCAAACUUGUAAGGGAGUGAUGUAGUGAACACGAUGGGUGCCAUGGGAUUGGACUAACACUGCUGCAGUACUGAUGAAGUACUGUAGUGGGAGGGUUGCAAGGCAGAUUAUGUUGGAAGAAAAAAGGUAAGCACUUGGACUUGGUUUCCUUUAUGUUAAGAUACUUGCUUUCUCCUGUACAAAUAAAUGCACAUCAGACUUGAACUGCUUUCUCUAAAUUUAAGGACUUCUAGUUUUUAAUGCUGUCUUUCUGUUUAAUAAAUAUUUGCUUGCCUAAAUGGUUCACAAAUUGGGUGGGGGUUCUCUGUAUGUUUCUUCUUUUAAAGUUUCAUUAUUAAAAGUGAUUGAGCACAGAAAACUAUUUUUGUUUGCUCAUUUGAGUUAUGUGACUAUACAAGUUUGAUGAAAUGUGUUAAGUGUUUUAGAGUUACCAUAGUUUUGGGUGGAAUUGGAGUAAAAUUUGUUUUUAAGUCCAUCUUAUUUGAUGCCUGUGGUUGGGUAGUUUCUUACAAGCACUUUCAUUGGCGGGGUAGAUUAGUCAUUAGUUUUUUGUUGAUAAACAUUUAGCACACUGCCUUGGCUUUUAGCAGUUCACCUGACGACUGGCAAAGCAAGCCUUCAUUUAUCCAGAUAGCUUUACUGCAGAGCAUUUUGGUUUUUUAAGGC